AACUGUUCGCAACAAUCGCACGCUUUACGCUCACGCCUUCCCGGCACGAGAGAGUGUGUAUUUUCCUCUGGUCUGAUGGAGAAGGCCGAUGCCCAGUGCCAGUGGCUUCUGUUCAGUUGUAACACUAGCAUGGUGUUGCCGUAUUCUGUACUCCAGGGUCAAAACCCAUUGAAAUCUGUGUCUGUAGGAAAUUCUGCUGCUUUGAGCCCGAGUCAGCGGAAACUAUGGAUGCCCGCCACUUGUUCGAUAAAAUGCCUGAACUAGAAGCUGAGAGCGCACCCUACAGUCCUACACUAACGUAGAUGAGGUAUGAGGAGCUUCACAGAGGAUUCAAAACACUAGGUUUCCAAUGGCUUUGAUGACCACCAGAAACACCUCUUCCUCAUCAUCUUUUCCUUCUCUUUCCUCAAACCCACAAUGGAGUGAAUGGACAUAUGAUGUUUUCUUAAGUUUCAGAGGUGAGGAUACCCGCAAAGGUUUUACAGAUCAUCUAUACGUUGCUUUGGAACGAGAGGGAAUUUUCACCUUCAGGGAUGAUGAAGAACUUGAGAGAGGAAAACCGAUUUCAGCAAAACUCUUGCAAGCAAUACAAGAAUCAAGGAUAGCCAUUGUUGUUUUCUCCAGAAACUAUGCUUCUUCCAGGUGGUGCUUGGAUGAGCUUGUUAAGAUUGUUGAGUGCAUGAAAGAGAUUGGACAGACAGUGCUUCCAGUUUUCUAUGAUGUAGAUCCAUCAGAGGUACGGAAUCAGACAGAAGCAUUUGGAAAAGCAUUUGCUGAUCAUGAAAAAAGGUUCAAGAAUAACUUGGAGAAGGUGGAAAGGUGGAGAGCUGCUUUAACUGAAGUGGCCAAUCUCUCUGGAUUUCCUUUACAAAACAGAUAUGAGUCGGAAUUCAUCCAAGGAAUUGUUAUGAAGAUAAGAAGUGAUUUGGACGGUACCCUCUCAAUUUUUUCUAAAGACCUUGUAGGAAUUGGCCUCCGUGUAGAAGAAAUGAUGGAAUUAUGUUUAGGUAUUGAAGAGAAAGAUGUUGGCUUUAUAGGAAUAUGGGGGAUGGGUGGGAUUGGUAAGACCACUCUUGCAAGAGCUUUUUAUGAAAAGGUCCGCAAUCAAUUUCAAGCUUCAAGCUAUCUUAACAAUGUUAGAGAGGUUUCAACUAAAAGUGACGGUCUAGUUUCUUUACAAGAAAAACUCCUUUUUGAUGUCCAGAUGAAAAGUAUUACAAGCAAAGGGGAUGUUCACAUCGGAAUUAGUAAGAUACAGCGGAGACUGUGUCAUAAAAAGGUUCUCAUCAUUCUUGAUGAUGUUGAUAAAUUAGAACAAUUGCAAGCAUUAGCAGGAAGCAAGAAUUGGUUUGGUCGAGGAAGUAGGAUCAUUAUAACAACAAGAGAUGAACAAUUGUUGAUCGCUCAUGGGGUGGAGAAAAGAUACAAGGCCAGAGAAUUAAAAAAUGAUGAAGCCCUUGAGCUUUUUAGUUGGAAAGCCUUCAAGGAUAACCACCCCCCAAAAGAUUAUAUGGAGGUGUCCCAAGACUUUGUAAAUUAUGCUAAAGGCCUUCCUUUAGCAAUUGAAGUUGUUGGACCCUUUUUGAGCGGUAAAAGCAUAAUUGAAUGGAAAAGUUCCUUGAGCAGGCUAAAAGGAAAUCUUGACAAAGAAAUUAUGCGUGUACUUCUAAUGGGCUUUGAUGGAUUGCAUGAGAAAGAGCAACAAAUAUUUUUAGAUAUUGCAUGUUUCUUCAAAGGGGAGGACAGAGAUCGCGUGACAAAGAUAUUAGAGAGUUUUGGUUUCGACCCAAUCAGUAGUAUAGGUGUUCUCAUUCAUAAAUCUCUUAUCACAGUAAUAGGGAGAACAUUGUGGAUGCAUGAUUUGCUUCAGGGAAUGGGUUGGGAAAUUGUUCGUCAGGAAUGUACCAAAGAGCCUGGGAAGCGCAGUAGAUUGUGGCAUUAUGAUGAUGUACUUGAUGUUAUGCAGUAUGAUAAGGGAACAGAUGCAGUUGAAGGGAUAGUCCUAAAUGUUUCUCCGGAAGAAAAGGUACAAUUGAACGAUGAAGCGUUCUCGAUGAUGAAAAAGCUGAGAUUUCUUAAAAUUUCGAAUGUGAUUCUUCCUCAUGGGCUCAAAUAUCUAUCUACUGAGUUACAAUAUAUUGAAUGGCAUGGAUAUCCCUCAAAGCUUUUGCCACAAAAUUUCCCUUCUAGUAAGCUUGCUGAACUCAACAUGUAUUGCAGCCAAAUUACACAUCUCUGGAAGGGAAUCAAGGUUUUAAACAAGUUGAAGUCUAUUGAUCUCAGUGACUCUGAAAGCUUGAUUGAGACCCCAAAUUUUACCGGGGUCCCAAAUCUUGAGAUCUUGAUUUUUACAGGUUGCAAAAAGUUAUCUAAGGUUCACCCAUCCAUUGUUACUCUCAGACAACUUACUUUGUUAAAUAUGAAAAAUUGUAAGAGUCUGAAGAGCAUUUCACACAACAUUAGCUUGGAAUCUCUUGAAACUUUAAUUCUUUCUGGCUGUGCACAACUCAAGAGAUUUCCAGAUAUUGUAGGUGAUAUGGAGUGCUUGUCAAAGCUUUAUUUAGAUGGGACUGCUAUAACAGAGCUUCCAUUGUCAAUUAAUUGUCUAGCUGGACUUACUGUGUUGGAUCUAAGCGAUUGCAAAAAUCUGUUGAGACUUCCAAAUGCCAUUUGUAGUUUGACAUGGCUUAAAAAGUUCACUCUAUCAGGCUGCUCAAAACUUCGUAAUAUUCCUGAUAGUCUUGUGGGUCUGGAAAGUCUUGAAGAACUUGAUGUAAGUAGAACUGCUAAAACACAGAUGCCAUUGUUCAUUGUCUAUCUGAAGAAUCUCAAAGUGUUAUCCUACUCUGGGUGCACAAGUUUAUCAAAAUCUGUUAUUCUUCCAGCAGUACGCCCAAAAAUGAGCUUGUCGUUACCUUCUUCAUUUUCAGGUCUAUGUUAUUUAACUGAUCUAGACUUAAGUCACUGCAACUUAUUUGAUGGAGCAAUCCCUGAUGAUCUGGACCACCUAUCUUCAUUGAGAAAUAUGUUUUUGAGGGGAAACAAUUUUACAAGCAUGCCUAAAUCCAUCUGUCGGCUUAAUAAGCUUAUAUAUCUGUCUGUGAGAGAUUGUAGUAAAUUGCAGGCACUGCCAGAGCUCCCAACAAGCAUAAAAUUUGUUUGGGCAGAAGGUUGCACCUCAUUGAGAAGUGAUUCUGAUCAAUAUGAAGUUUGGCCUUCAAGUGAAGAAGGACAACUUCGUAUUAUUAAGCGCUCAAUAUCGCCUGCAACUUUUAUUCAAAUGUUUGAUUUACAAUUUGUAUCAUGGCUCCAAAGAUAUCAUGAGUUAGAAGGAAGAGCACCGUUGAAGAUGGCACAUGGUUUUUCAUCAGCUAGCAUUAUUCCAGAGUGGUUUAAUAUUCAAAGCAGCAGCUCUUCUAUAACAGUCCAACUUCCUGCCCAGAUAGAUGAUAAAAGCAAGCCGUGGAUUGGAUACACCAUGUAUGUUAGUUUUCUAAUCCAUGAAAGUUUUGAUACUAGUUGUGGCUUCAAAGUUAAGCACGAGUUUGAUUGUUAUUUGCAUACCAAUGACGGUCCUCUUCGUAAACAAACGUUAUACCAUGAACUAAACGCUAAGAACGUCCCAUUCACUGGCUCAAAUGGGUAUUGGAUAAUUGUCCCGCAUCUCUGGUUUAUAGAACGGUUGAAUUACUUGAAUGAGUGCACAAGCAUUGAGGCAUGCACUAGAACUGAUAGUCCAGCUGUGGAGGUGAAAAUGAGUGGUGCCCGUCUACUAUACGAGCAUGAUUUUUUUGGGUUUCUCCAAGCAAUAAAAACUUCAUGCAGGGUAAGAAUUACAAAGAUUAAGAAGGAGAUUUCAAGUGAGGAAACCAAGUUGACUAUAAAAGAACGAGAAGAAUCCGUCUUACUAACUGAACGCCUGGAAUGCUAUGAGGGUAGACUCGAUCCUGGAGGCAAAACAUACUAUAUAAAAGGCAACCUCACUGAUUCUCAGAGUGCAACUGAUUUCAGAGAAAUCCUUCAGCAAUGUUCCGACCAGCACUUUAAGUAUGAGAAUUGGUUUCCACAACGUGAAAUCCCUAAGUGGUUCUGCCGUGUCAAUGGUUUCUCAGCAAGUUUCCCGCUAAAUCCCAGUUUGGAUUAUAUGAAAGAUUGGAAAGGAAUGGCAAUUUGUGCUGCUUUUACAGUCCGCAGAGACCCCUCUCGUAUACAUGAUAAUUUGGACAAGGAAAAAUUUGAUCGUGUUGAAUGCUAUUUAUCACGUACGGGCACAAGUUGGGGAAAACGAAUGCGUUUUGACAUCCCUAAGUCUGAAAAUCCUCUUCUUUUGAAACGGCGUGGUUUCAUCUGGUUAUCCUAUACAUCACGUGGAACAUUUCCAGAUUUUAUCUUGAAUGGAUGCAUUUCCAUGAAAGCCACCUUUCAUUGUACAAGCCAGGACAUAAUGGUGCACAACUGUGGUUACCAACUUGUAUUCCAUGACAAUGUGGAAGGUUUUGUGGAAACGAUAAUGAAAUGUUCAAAUACAUCUCAGUCCGAACCAAAAGCUGGAAAAGAGCUCAACAAAAGCAGUCCAAGUACUCGGGUCUGCUUUAUAUUUCAGAGUUUAUUUCUUAUCUUUUUUGUAGUUUCAGUGGUUUUGUUUUGCAAACAUUGCUUAUCACUAGCAAAAACAAAAUAAUAUCCUGGGAGAUGACCUUGAACAAAGCCCUGCACAUGGCGAUAAUUAGAUCUGGAUUAACUUCGUUGUAUAAUUUAGAUUUUUUUUAGCCAAUCAUUGAAUGUAAACAGCAAAGCAGGCCCUUCAAGAACGUGUAAUAUUAUGAACUUGUCAUCUCUUAUUGGAGGAGCCCAAGCAAGCUUUCCUUCUUCUGAUUCUUCGUUCUAAUUUUGAGAAGCACAAGCCUACGUGUAA